UACUCAGCAGCAAAUCAAAUCAAAUCAAAUGUAUUUAUAUAGCCCUUCGUACAUCAGCUGAUAUCUCAAAGUGCUGUACAGAAACCCAGCCUAAAAACCCCCAAACAGCAAGCAAUGCAGGUGUAGAAGCACAGUGAUUCGGGAUGAAUUGGUAUUGUACUCAGCAGCAGCUGAUGAUUCGGGAUGAAUUACCAUUCAGGAUAAUAAAGCAUUAUCUGAUCUCAAUAUGAAAGGCAUUAGGGAGAAGGAGACGGAGAUCAGCCAGCUGAAUGAGAAGAACCAGAACCUCACCAGACAGCUGGACCAGCUGGUGGUCUCCAGAGAGGAGAUGGGGAAGCUCAGCCAGAUGGCCGUAGAGAUCCAGGCGCUGCACUCCCACGUCUCCCUGGGGGGGACGAGGCCACAGCCAAGACGUGAUGUUCCUCCAGCAGCAGCUGCGGGCCGACGCCGUGGAGAGAGAGCAGGUCCUGGUGGUGCUGAAUGAGAAGACGAGGGAGAACAGCCUGCUGAGGGGAGACUACCAGCACAUCAUUGACAUUGUAGCAGGGAAGGAGGCUCCUCAAGGUCCAGCAGGAGAACAUGAGGCCGUCCACCAUGUCUGACCCCUCAGGGAGUCGAGAGAUGUUCAGAGAGACCAUUCAGAACCUGUCACGGAU